AUGCUUGGGUUGACGUCGGUGAUGCAGCGCAUUCGUUUUUGCCUGCGAGCGUAUGUGUAUGGAGACCGCAGCAGCGCCCUUUGCCUGUCGCAUGCGCGGUUCUCAUCCAGACGUUACCACCUGUUUCUUCUCCGCAACGUUCCUUCCCCCCUUCUCCGUCCCUCUUCUUCUCCCAUCACCGUAUGCUACCUUGUGCGAACCUUUCAUCUAUGCCGAUCUACACCCGCACCCGAACCGGCUUCGCUCGCCAUCUUCCCGCUCCCCACUCCCUCAAACGCCACCCCCCCCGUCUCUGUCCCGUACUUUGCCACCCCCGCUGUAAAGUCUGCUGAUUGCCAUUCUAUUAUCACCGCCCUCUUCUCCUUUCAACUCAUACCGGCACUCCCAUCAGCUGCAAGAGGGUGUGCUUCGUUCCACAAGCUCUCUGCGCGUUUGUCUCUUGUUGGUGAGUCUGGCACCCGCCUCAUGGUACCGGCCCGACUCGUUCUCGACCUCUUUCUCCCCUUCUCUCCUCAACUCUCCCCAGCGUUCGAGCUUGGCCCACCUCCCCAUCCUCCGCUUAUUCUGGUACUGCUGUUUGUUGUUGCCUCGUGGCGCCUAUCGCUUCCUCCCUUGUCCUUCGUGUCUUGCCCUUGGCUCUCCUCACUGAGCAGCUGUGCUUCAGCUUCCUUGUGUGUGUGUGUCCUUUUACGCUGUUGUAGCUGA